AACUAUAACUUCAUCGCAAACUUGAUCUGGCUUAGGUACAUACACUCGAAAAGUCUCUAGCGGAAAUGUGGGGUGUUCCAGCUGCUUACAAAGUUGUAUCAUACCCUCCUUACAAUUUUUCUUGGAUAGAUCAGAAUAAACUGGCUGCUAUGGCAUGCCCAAGUAGCGAGGCUAACUAUCAAUUUCUAGGAGAACAGGGCAUACAUCAUAUUUUAACAUUAUCUCCGGAAAAUAUUCCUAGAAAACUGAAGAAGUAUUGGAACUUGGGAUGGUCUAGAAUAGACAUUGAGGAAUUUGAAGCACCCAGUAUCGAUAAUAUUUUGGAGUUUCUCGAUUUGUGUAAGAAGUGUCGAGGUUGUAACCAGGCUAUAGCAAUUCAUUGUCGAAUGGGUAGAGGAAGAACCGGUGUGAUGGCAGCAUGUUAUCUAGUACAUUUCUUAGAAUUAACACCAGAAAGAGCCAUAACAAAUAUAAGACUUAUGAGACCUGGUUCCAUUGAAACAUACGAGCAGGAGAGAGCAGUUGUCAAAUAUCAUGAUUAUAUAAGGAAUAUUGGGCAUGAUAAACAACCACAUCAUGAAACUAAGCACAUCACAUAAUUUUUCAGAAAUCCCGUGAAAAAGGAAUAUUCAUUGUAUAAAAUUUUUAUCACUGAAAUUAUUCCAUUGGUGUCAUCCAUUUCUUGUAUAUCAUUCAAGAAAUAAUCAAUAGAAAUACAUACUACAAGAAGUAACCCUCAAAACAAGGAUUUCUUGUUUUUUCAUAGUUAUAAAUGAGUGCAUUCAUUAAUAGAUAAAUAAUUCCAAUUCCUUUAAAUUCUUGAAGUAAUAUCUGACUUCAUCAUGCUGAAGUUGAUAUAUUUUUAUUGUUCUGCUGCAUAAUGCAUCAAUGAAAAUCUUUUUGUUCCUUUUAUGAAAUUAAUUUACAAAUCUAAUGUUAGUGUACUGUUAAAACCAUUGGUAAAACAUUCAAGAAUUAAUUUCUUAUUUCAAUUGAGCGCUAAGCUACUUCAAAUUUAUUUUUUAAUUUGCUUCUUCUUUCCUUACAAGACAUAUUUAUAAAAAUGAUCUAUUUACAAGACUAUUUCACACUCUUGUUGAAUAAACCAAUUAGGAGCUCUAAUCAUAUUCUAAUUUUCGAUAAUGCAAACUCAACUCAGAUUGGCUUGUCAAGUUUAGUGUUUCAGAUUUGUAGGUAUGUGAUAGUUCAAUGUUAUAUAUACAUACAUAAUUUCGCCGAAUUUCAGAUAAUGUACCUUUCACUUUGUUAAAAGUCGAAUGAAAUUUCACUUGUAGUUGAAAUUAUCCCAUAACACUGUCUUUUAUUUCAUAACUCAACUGAAUUGCUCGAAGCAAGCACCACAAAAUUGCUGGACGAGUGUGUUUCCUAGGAACUCGGUCCUGUUAUGAAAUAAUUUGAAACUUAUUUCGAAAAUACAAUAAUUGUGGCAUUACUACUGAGAUACUUUUUCAGUUCCCUUAGAAAUUAUGUGGGAAUUUUUGUAAUAUAUAAGGUGGAAAGAUAAAGUAUAUGAAAUAAUUUUGAGUAGUAUUUCCGAUACUCUCCGAUAUCUGAAAUACUUUUUCAAGAUAAGACUCCUUAUGAAAAGUAUCUGAAAUACUAGUUUUACUAUAUUAACCUUAAUUGCCAUAAAAUAACUAAGAUACUUUUUCUGAGAGCUACAACUUAUAAAUGGAGAUUGUCACUUAAUCUCUUUGAUAGCAUAGCACUACAUUAUUAGCCUUAUACAGUUUCCCUCUUAUAAUUUCAUUCUCAAUUAUGACAUAAAAAUGUUAUAACUGCAAGAUUUAAUAAAGACAUUGUUAUAAAACUUA